GGGGCGCGGUGGAGCUGUUGUUUCCCGGGACGGGUCCCGGCCUGUGACCGGGGGCAGAGCCUCCCCCGCGCCUCACGGUGGCACCGCCCCCGGUUCCCCGCGCUGCCCGCAUCGCGAUAGUCGGGGCCGGCGGAGGAGCCGGUGCGGGGCUCCAGGCCGGCGCUAGAGACAAAACAUCGGCAAAGCCCUGAACAGGUCCCGGGUUUCCCCCUGUGGACCGGUGGCACCUGUGGCGAGGCGGCGUGUGGAGCGUUUCAAAGCGGAAUGUUUUGAUUUAAGCUGAAGUAUAGGUAACUAACCAAAGAAGUUAUGAAUAACAUCCGUGGUCUAAAGUUGUCGGACAUGAACUGUAUUUUCUUUCAUUUGGCUUCUUUGACCAAGCAGGGAAAGUGCAAUAAUCUCUAUAGAUCUUACGCAGGAUAUUGCCGAAUUCAAGCUAGUUGUACACGACGCAGAUGCCAAAGGCUGAAUUUGAGUGGAAAUACUAGAAUCUGUUUUUUGACUGGAAGCCCUGACUGCUAUACGAGCCUCCUCUGUAAAGGACAGAGGUGUCUUUUGAAUGCCUCAAAUACAAAAGUACACAAGAAUGCACACCACAAUUUAGGAAGUUUUUGUUUCCAGUCCCCUCAGCCAUUCUGGGAGAAGACUGCAUCCCUCCAGAUCAGUUCUGUAGGGCAACUCCCACAGCGUUUUUCUAUUUGGAACAUUCAGAGCAUCAGAUCUUUUCGCACAUCACCGUCAUUUCAGGCUGUACCUUUUCCCCUUUUCUGGAUUAUUGUUAAGCCAAUUCAGAAACUAUUUGCUAUCCUUCUUGGCAGGAGCAUAAGAAAUUGGUGGAAGGCACUUCCUCCUAAUAAGCGGGAACUUUUUAAAGAAAGUGCAAGGAAGAAUAAAUGGAAGAUACUCCUGGGUGUUGGUAGCUUGGGAGUUUUAUUUGUCGUGUUUUAUUUCACUCAUUUGGAGGAGACACCCAUUACUGGGCGCCCUCGACUGUUGGUGUUUGGAAAAGAGCAUUUCAGAGAACUGUCAGAGAUAGAAUAUGUUAUGAGGAUGGAGGAAUUCGAAAGUAAAAUAUUGCCCGAGACAGAUGCACGCCAUCAGGUUGUGGAGGCAGUUUUUGGUCAUUUAUCUGAAAGCAAUGAGGACAUCCCACAAAUCUCGGCACUCAAGUGGGUGAUCCACGUGGUAGACGAACCAGGUGUAAAUGCUUUUGUGCUUCCAAAUGGCCAAGUAUUUGUUUUCACUGGAUUGCUAAAUGCAGUUUCUGAUCUUCAUCAGCUGUCUUUUAUUUUGGCACAUGAAAUAGCUCACGCUGUCCUGGAACAUGCAGCAGAGAAAGCCAGCCUGGUUCAUUUAUUGGAUUUUCUAUCACUCAUCUUCCUCACUAUGAUUUGGGCCAUCUGUCCUCGUGAUAGUUUGGCAGUUUUUGGCCAGUUGAUUCAGAGCAAAUUGAAGGAGUUUAUGUUUGACAGACCAUACAGCAGAACAUUGGAAGCUGAAGCUGAUAAAGUGGGACUUCAGUUUGCAGCAAAGGCUUGUAUGGAUGUAAGAGCAAGCAGUGUAUUUUGGCAACAAAUGGAAUUUGCAGAAGCCAUUCAAGGGCAGCCCAGGUUACCAGAGUGGCUCUCCACACACCCUUCUCAUGAAAAUAGAGCUGAACACUUAGACCGGCUUAUCCCAGAGGCUCUUAAAAUAAGGGAGAGCUGCAAUUGCCCAUCUCUUUCUGGACCAGAUCCUCGCCUCGUUUUCAGACUUAAUAUGCAACACCUCCUGGAAUUGUCUAAAGGUCAAGAAACCCCAAAUUCUACAAAGCAAGAUCUCUCUAACCCCAAACUGGAUUUUCCUCACAUUCGAAAAGUUGUAGAUAUGCCAGUAACUUUUACAGUUAAACCUACAAACUAAUGAUAAUAAUUUUCACUUUUUAUGAAGCUUGUGGUCCCUGAACAUCUGUCUUAUAAUGCAAAUUUGUCUUUGAGCCAUAAAGAAGAUGUAGGCACUCAUAUUCUGUGUUUCUUUUAUGUGAUCUCUCACUCAAAGCAAUAAGGAACCAUGCCUACACAUGAAGGAGCAGUGUGUUGGAACAGAAAGUUUCUUAUUCAUCAAGAGUUACUAAAAUAAAUCACUUCUCUGGGGAAAAAUAAUCUUGUACAAUCCAGUCACACAGUGUAAUUUUCACCUUUAUCAGGCUCACCUUGAUCAGAGGACAGAUGAGCCAGAAGCGUCCCUAAAGCAGAGGAAAAAGUACAAUUUUCAUCACUUAAGUUGUCUGGUUUAUCUUGCUGUAAUUUGGGUUAGAUCUGUUCAGCAUCAUUUGAGAAAUAAUGAGGAGUCCUUACCACCCAUUCCACAUAUAGUGUGCUUAAAAAUAUUAAGCUGAGAUGUGGUAAUAGCCUAUGGGCUAGAUACACCCCCACUUAAUUAGGUGGAUUUACUGCUGGGAUUUUUCUUCUUUCUGAGGCAUUUUAGAAUAUGGAUUGAUUCAACAUUUUUCUUCAAAGCAACCUGAAAGGGUUGCAGAAGGUUCAAUUUAGAAAAGGAGUUAAAUAAUUUUCAAGGAAUUCUUUCUUCUGAAAGAAGCACUUUGUAAGAAUCAUAGUUUGUAGGCCUAGAAUGCUUUGCAAGGAUGGCUGUUGUCUUUUUCAGAUGAUAAGGGCUCUUCGUCAGAGGGCAGUUUUACUGCAAUGACAUUUGAUUUGGAUACAUCCAUUUGGAUAGAUGAGAUUGCUGAUGUGGAAAUAUAUUAUAGAAUCAUAGAAUGAAUUGUUGAAUGGUUUGAGUUGGAAGGGACCUUAAAGAUCAUCUAAUUCCAACCCCCCUGCCGUGGGGCUAUUACGCAGUAGACAAAUACAACAAAGUUUCCUGACUGCACAGCUUUCACAGCUGUGCCUUAUCCUAAAAGGUGACUUCUCUUCAGAAACUGGCAUCUACUGCUGAGCAUCCCCGCUGCCCCCAAGGCCCCUGAAGCCACACAUACUAUCUUGGAGGGCAAUAUGCACAAUAUAGGUAAAGCUCUGUCUUUCCUGAUGGACUAGUCAGUAUAGCCAGCAUGGUAAUCUUUAUUUGCAACUGUUUGAGUCACCUUUGCUCUGCAGUUGAUGAGAAUAUUGAAAUUUUGAUCUUGCAGGAAAACAUAGAAUGAGGCAGCAGUGAAUGAAAAUAAAAAGGGAACACCUAUUCCUUUAUCUUGUUAAGUUGUACUUGCUAUUAGUCAUUUUAUUACUUGUAAUAAAACAAAAAUCUGAUUUGUGUAUGGUAGAACUUUACAUGAAAGGGACAGUCAAAAUAUUUUAGUGUAUUGUGUUUUGAAACGUUCUUUUUUUUUUUUUAUAUGGAGAGAGGCAGACUUUAUCAUAUUUCGUCAAUUAAAUCAGAACGGAAGCUUUUAAAAAGGAAAAGAAAUAAUCUAUUCAAUGCUGUCAAUGAAUAUGGUUGGAAAAAAAGAUUGUGAAACAAGUAGUUUCUUUACUUCAGUUGAUGAAGGGUCCUUUGAGAAACACCGCCAACUGCCUAACUUAUCUCUAUUCAGAGGUAAGUUGAUGUAUCUGUAAUGUUGAUGAGUCUAGAUCUGAUUAUAUAGGUCUAGGUUGGCUGCAUAUCCCUCACAAGUUGGUUUUGUGCUCAGUGUUACUGGCAAGAGGCAGAAGGUCCAGCCUGACCGUUAUUCAUCCAUCCAUUUUUAUUUUUAGUGACAGGACUUUUUGUAACAGACAUUCAGUGAUGUGUUGAAGCAUUUGGACAUUGUCACCGGAAGGUAAACAGUAAAAUACACUGUGUAGAUUUCCCUGUAGAUUUAUAGUUUAUACUGAAACACCAAGACCCCUGCUGCUGCUUCUCUCACGCUCCAGUGUCAAAGCUUGUUUUGUUAUCCAGGGCUCCCAGCUGAUAUGCAGCUUGAUGGUUGUGCCUGCUAGGACUAAGGAGAACACAGAAGAGUUUUUGUAACAUUCAAGAUGGAAGGAUGGGACUACACAAGUUUCACAUUUCUACUGUCCAUUUUAAUUGGCUAAAAUAUUGCAGUGGAAUGCUGGAGCUGCAAUUUUUAAGUUCACCACGGGAAAUCACUUUUAAUUUUUUUGUAAAUGGUCUUAUAACUAUGAUCAUCAUGAUGUGAGAGGAAAUGUUUCAAGGGAGAGGUAAUAGCUUAUAUUAAAUCGACAAAGGGCUUAUGUGCUUUGUCCAGCUAUACUGGUCUGAUAAAACUUCUUUCUUCUUACGAACAUUAUGUACGCAUGCACACACAUACGUGUGUGUGUGUAUGAAGUAUGUACACAAACACAAGAACAGGGCCUGUACACUAAGCCAUUACAGUUUUAAAAAUGGGAUGUUGAAAAUUACAGUUUUUACUUUGCAUCUUGAACUACCCGUAAUAUUUUUCUCAAGUGCUUUGGGAGGGGUUUCUUUUUACUUCUCUUUACUGUCUGACUCGGAAAAUGCCUAAUGCUCAUCUGGCUCUCGGAGGGCACUUUUUCCUUUAAUUGUCAGAAUACUGUACAGUACAUCUUGCUAUGUUGUUACAGUACUUUCUUUUUCUUUCUUCCACAGAAAAAUGUUGCUUGCCUAGGUCUGACAAGUCAUAGUAAAAAUUGCACUUUUAAAAUUAAAGAACAUCUACACACAACUUAAAAUUAUUAUAUUACUAUAAAUAAUUAUGUAUAAAACUAUAAUAGAUUAUAAUAAUAUAACUUUAAAAUAUAUCUCAUAGAAAAUGCUAUGGUUAUAUGCUUAUUGCAGAAACUUUCACUGUAGCAACUUCUCACUGCAAUUGUUUAACUUAGUGUGUUACAAGAAAAAUAUAUCUAGAAGUGGUGUUGAAGGAAUUCAGUACUUGAAAGGCACAAGUCAUACAAGAGGGGGAAGAGGGGGAAUAGUGGCUGAAGUGAAGAAAAGGUAAGAUAGGUCAGUAAAAAUGCGCCUGCAUUUCCACCAUCAAUACUGCAUGCUGUACUCCACAGCUUCCAGUUGAAAGACUAAGUAUAUAGUACAUAUUUCACCAAAUCUCUUAAUGCGUUUACGGUAGUGGGAGUAUUGAGAGAUUUGGUAAGCAAGAGAUAAGCAUUCAAGGCACUCUUCUAAUAAGCAUUGCUCCUCCUAACUUUUGGUUUGUCAUGUUUACUGUUUUGGGGAAUUGUUUUUUGGCUUGAAAUGCAUACAUGCCAGGAAAGCAAAGCAAACAGCUGUUAGAAGGCUCUUUGUUCUUGGAUUCUAUUUGUAGUCAUCAAAAGAGAACAAUCCUGCAAGCUUGGUGCUUUUUUCAUAUAUCGUGUAGGCUGCCACAGCUUUGGGUUUUUUUUCAGUGUGGUGUUGAUAUCUAAGUACACCAGCUCAAAAAACUAUUUCCAAUGUAAUGGUCUGUUGUAAGCUAUUUUACUGCCUUCAAGAUUCUUUCUGCUGAAAAUCCUUGUUUUUCCAUAUCUGGGUAGCUUUUGAAGGGGGAACGGGAUGGUCAUAAGAUAAGCCUUCACUGUCAGCAGUAUGCUGUGGCUUCUUUGGUUUCCAAUCCAUAUUGCUGACUGUUGUUUAGUUGCCCUCAGUAAGGACUGAUCUUAAUAACAUGCAUUUCUAGAUCAUUUGAAACAUGUCAUAGAUACUAUUUAAGUGUUUCCAUAGUACUUGCACAGGUGAACUGUUGAACAGUUUUAUUGGACUUACCGAAGGUCAGUAAGACAGGGAUUUCAGCAAAGCUUUGCAGGAGAUCAGUGAAUUAUUAGGUUUAUACAGUUUGGCACCUUUAGAUGUGUAUCUGCAGAGACUGGAUGUACCUGUACGCAUACUUGACUAAGAAAUAGUUGUUUGUUCUUGACAUAGUUAUUUUUUAACUACUUUUUUCUGUUGUGUAAAGUGGUUAUUGUUUGUUCACUGCCUGUCAUCAUUAAGGUGCUGAUGUGUAAAUCGAUUGUUUAACCUCAAAUUCGCCCUUCCACCACAAAAUCAGAGUUUGUUGUGUAUUUACUGUUACAUAAGCUGUGAGGUAACUCUGCAUAAAAGUUGUCUACAUUUCUUCUUUUCCUUUGCCCCCUGCCCCAUCUCUUUCUUGUGUUGCAGGUGUCUCUGCUAGAAGCGGCAUGGGCUGCUGAGAGAGGAAUCAGGAUAAGCAAAAUGGACUCUUAAAUAAGUCAAGUAAAAGAUGGAGUUGAACAUUCUGCCUGUGAUAAUUUUAUUACUGGGGUUGGCAAUUGUUGGCAGACCCAUAAAGAGAACUGACUGAUGUCAGUGUCCCUCAUUGCUGCCUACGUAUAUUGCAGGCAUCCAGCAUAUGUGCUGUUUGAUCUCAUGGAGCCUAAGGCUACAUGCCAAAAAUAGGCCUUGCACAGUAUUCCUGGCCACCUUGCUCUGGCUGGGCUGGUUAAAGGCUGCUGUUCUUAGGACGAGCCAGGGGCUCUUACCUCUGAUUUAUGAAUGGAUGCAGAGAAUUGUUGUCUCCAGCACAUAAAUUCAUUAUAACAAUUAAACUAAGCUGAAAUUGAACCUGUUGACCUGGAAGUGAAUGGCUCCAUAACAUUUCAUUAAUCCUUUGAGAUGUUUAAUUCUUGCUAAUUUGAUAUUUCAGAUACAAUCUUCUCUACACAUAUAAUGGCUUAAUUAGUAUACAUUACAUGAUAUCUCUUCACACUACAGCAUGUACUGUAUUUAUCCACUAGAAAAGUAAUUCAGUAGAGCUCAAUUAUAAUACAUUGACUAGAGCAUAAAACUUGCAAAGGAUAUGUGCAGUAGUCACUAGAUUUGAGGCAUAAACAUUUUCAAGCAGUCUUCUAUUUGUUCAUAUCAAUCACCUUUUAAAAAUGAUGUUCCUAAACCUUUUGUUACAGCUUACUAAAAUAUUUCAAUUUAAAAUGGGAUUCCGGCAAUACUGGAUUGAUUAGCAAAUCAUAACCAACAUCUGGUGGGACAACAGUUGAUAGAAACCCAAUGUGUAACUUCGUCACCUGUGUAAUAUUCUUAAUACAGUCUUUCAUAUUGUUGGAGACCAGGAGAACAGAUGUGAAAAUACAUGUUUGAAAAAUAACUUUCCAUUUGAUAUGGUUGUCUUCUGUAGUUUAAUCUGAUAGAAACACUGCUGGCUGACAGCAGUUCUUGGUGAUAAAGCCCAAUUUAUAUGUUAAACAAAUUUAUUUUGUAGCAUUUUGCUUGCAAAUCUUUUAGCUGAAGGUACCUCUUUCAGCUCCGGGUAACAGUUCAGGACAGCAGCUCCAGCUGGAACUGCAGGGAACAGGCAAAGGGGAAGGUAAUAAGUCUUCGGAAUCUGGUCAUUUUGCUGCUGCCUUCCUGUAAAAGUCAGUGGAGGCACAGAUACAAAGGAGCUCUGAUAACUUAUCUUAAAACCAGUUCAUGUAAGUAGUGGAAGUAGAAAAUUUUGCUUGUGGCAUAUGCUGUGUGAUCAGAGUUGCCCGCUUUUUCCUUCAGCUUCAACUGGCAUGUAGUUCUUCAUGGGAAAGCUGUGUUUGUUAUGACUGUAUUGGGACAGCCGUUUGAUUGUUCUGCCUUUCAUUUCUAAUGACAGGUACAAAGACUGUUUUCCAAGGUGAGUUCAAUUAAAAUGGUAACAUUUGGGUUUUUUUCUUACCCAUUCAUGAAUGACAUUGUGGUCAAGGCCCAUAAAUUUCUCUCAGGUUCUUACCAUGCCUUUUUUACACAAUUCAAUGUAAAAAAUUCAUCAAGUGCCAUGGAAGUAGGAUGAACAAACCAAUGUUUCAACAUCAAGACAGCGUAAAAAAAGGUGUAAGGCAAUACAAAAUGUAGACAAUGAAGUUGGUUUUCUUUUGUCAGAUCAGUGUGCACAGAAUAGUACCAGAAUUUAGAUGACUCCUGCCCCAACCCAGAUGCUCCCCUUCCUACCACUGUGCAGUCUGAGACUUGAGGUAAUUAAAUUUAUAUUGUUUUCCCUUCAAGCAACACGGAUCUAUAUUGUAUAUUUGGAUUCUAGAGAAUCAGAGUUCCUUAUUCCUGCCUGGGAUACCUUGUCAUCAGAUUUAUCCCAUUCAUAUAUGGAAUAAAAAAUGAAGGAGUAAAUGAGGAAGACUAAUGUAGCAAAGUUGCAGCAGUGUGAUUGUUAGCCACGAGAUGGCAGCUGGGCUGCCUGAGCUGGUCUUGAAACUGAUGCAUUUGCAACACCUUCAUUUUUAGUCUUGCUUUGGUAAACUAUCAAGGUGAUUUUCCCUUUUAGUGCUAACUGCAGUGACUCUUCCCUGGAGUAAACUUGAAACAUCAUCUUUGUGAGCCAGUGAAUCUCAUGCGGUUCUGUUGAAGGCUUUCAGUUCUUCUUUAUCUGGAUAGCAGAUGACUUCACAGAAAGCUGCUGUCUAGCAAGCAUUACUUUCCUUUAGUACAGAUGAUCAGAAAGGAGUGACAGACUGAGUGAAAAAUUGUACAUGCCAAAAUUAAGCAUGCACCAUUGGAUUUACACUUAUAAUAGCCAAUUUUGAGCCAGUAUUGCAAAUCUGAUCUGCGUUCCUGCUACUGUAGGGUAACAAAUGAAGACACAACAUUUUAUUUUGGUGUUGACGGCAUGCUUGUCAUUGUCUAAUGAUCAAAGCAGGAUUUGGGGCAUAAGACAUAUGCUUCCACCUGUGUUUCUGAUGUCCUUUACAACCUGUCAGGGUGCAGUGAGAGUGAGGCUGCUCCAUGAGGGAAAGUGAGCCACGAGCUGAUGAUGACUGCAAUACUGUCUAAGUCAUCUCACAAGCAGGGUGAGCAGCAUAGGGUUGGUGCCACUGACUGUCCAGCAAUCAUCAGUCAAAUUCUAGGAGACAGGUCUGGUCCAAGGUCAGCGGGAGGCCCGGUAAAGAUGUCAGGAUCAGCAAGGGACAGAGCUGUGUAUGGGCUUACCUCCAGCAGAGCUCAUCAAGGCCUGGAGGCUGAGCUGAAAUGGAUCUCUGAGUGGUGGGUACUUGUGCAGAGUUCCCUGCUGAGGCCGGUCAGGACAAUUAAGGCCUGUUGGCCCAUCUGGGCUUUGGCAUACCCAUCCUGGGAUAGGAGAGCCUGUUUGACCGUAUAAUGUAAGAAUGGCAAAAUUCCUAGCUAAGGAAUGGAGGCUCCACAUUUCAAUUUCCUGUGAUGUCUUGCAGGGGUCACAUAGGUUUUUAGCAAGUUUCUCUUCUGUAACACAAGAAUGUGAGAGAAUAGAUUGAUUUUGAGGUGGCAAGAGUGUAUCAGGAUGGAUAUGUAUCUGAGGUGAGGAGAAAAUAAAGCUAUUACUCUAGGACGGUUUUAUUUUCUUCUCUGGUACCCAGUUUUUGCAGUAGGAGGGAUAAUAGGAUAGCAGUUCUUAACAUCAGGCAGCCCUACAUAUUAAGGAGGGGGUGAAAUGAGAACACUCUGGUUUUGUUCUGUGGUCUCAGCACUUGGUGUUCUCUCUCAUUCCCAAUUCUUUGGGAGGUAUUUUCUGAGCCUGUAGAAGGUUUCUGCAUCUUCUUUAAGAACUUUGAGAAUCAUUCUUUCUUAAAGCAAUCAGAACUUCAGCUAGCACUGUUUGGUGGAGUUCUGCUCAUGUCUUUGUUAUAUCCUCAGCUGUAUCACUCUCUCAUUACUUUGAUAAGAUGAGGUUACACUGCACCAUUAUUUUUUUUUCAGCCAACAAGCUAAAAGGAAACAAAACCCUUGAAAAGCAACAGGGUUCAAUUUUCACUGUCAACAAUGAGACCUCUCCUCAUUGAAAUCCCUGGCAAACGUCCCAAUAGUUACAUCUGAAUUUCUCCCUCCUUAAAACAAUAUUCUUUCUUUUGUGCUUUAUUCUCUGCUUGUCAGAAUCAGCCGAUUAUGAGCUCCAGCAGAGAUGACAUUUUAUCUUCAGUAAGCAGGAAGGAGGCAUGAAUUAGAGCUUAGAAAAAAUGUUCAAUAAUUAGCCACCAAGGAAGGAAAACAUCCAAAAAAAGUGCAGAGAGGAAUUGACUUACUUCAUUUGACUGGGCUUGAAAGUUCAGCUGUAAUGACAGUGGUUAAGUUCAUGAUGAUGAUUUGGUGACAAGGAAGUUAGUUUAUCCCAGGUGAUGUGUAUUAUUUUUUUUAUCCAAGAUGAAGUGACUGCGUGCUGCUGCUGUGUGUCAGAAUCAUAGCUAUUAGGUAUUCCACGUAUACUGCACACUCACGCAGAGUGUCAUGCGUGAUGGCCCAAGUUGAUCACACACUAACCCUUAAGACAGAGUUUGGAUAAGUCUGUGGAAGGCGUUACUGCUUUCUCUAAAGCCUUUGUUAUUAUGAAUAACAAUGAUGGACACAGUCUUGAACAAUAUGGUGGAUUGUGACAGCUGGCAUUAAUAGGCUGAAUGCCUAUAUUUUAGCUGAAGCUAUGGGAAGUGUGUCUGAGGCUGUGCUGUACUAUCCUAUCUUGAUACUAUCCUAUCUUUAGUAGUGAUUGGUGGCAUGAAUGCUGCUGAUCCUGCGUCAUCCACUUCUGCACCUCUGUUACAACUCCAUCCUGCCUUAGGUGCAGCUUUAAUGACAAGGUGUUUGUGGGCAUAGCUCAUGUAACAUGCAUAUUACACAUCCCUCACUCAUGGCUGGGUGCGGUAUUUAAAUGUGCUCUAGCUUCAAUUCCUUGUGGCUGUUUGGUUUCUAUUGUUGUUCUGACAAGCUGUUUUUAAUACUAACUUGCUUCUGACAUGCUGACCUCACCUUAUCUCUGUUGUUGGUACUGCAGAAGAGAGGAUCCAGUGAAAUGACUUUUCUGUGCGGCUAUGGAAGCCAUUGGGACCUACAGACUUGAUUUUCCUCUGUGAGCAGGUCCUAAUCUAUCUGGCUGUCCCUGAAGAAAUCUCCAUCUAAUAACUUUGGACUUUCAGUUUUAUCAUUUUAAUGUUUCAUAGUGCCUGUGGGACAUAUAUGUCAAAAGGCCUCACAUCUUGGAGGAUGCUUCUCAGUGGCUAUCAUGAGCUGAUACAUCUAGGACUUUAUGAAGGAGGACCUUAAAUUUGAUGGGAAUAACAAGGGCAGCUAAUAAAAUGAGCACAGCAUUAGCAAAGAGAAGUGUUCAGAAGCUUCUCAUGCACUGGUACCUGGUCAGUUUCCCAAGCAACUGUAGAGUUUGGGGUCUUUAAACUCUUCCUUCUGUUGCCACUGGUGUGGAGUCAGGCUUUAACUCACUUCCAGUAGGUGCCAGCAUAGCUAUCAGGCGUGGGUGUGAAGAGAUAAGGCUGCUGAUGGUCAGAAGGGUCACGGCAAGGUGCCAUAAUAAAAGUUUAACCAUUUUAGAGGGAAAACAGCCCCAUAAACAUUUAUACCAGUUUUGGUUUGGUUUGGUAUGCUAAUAAAGAUGCAUUUAUUCCAUGUGUAUAACUUUGCCUGCAUAGAAACGCUUUGCUUUAAUGGUUUACAAGUUUCUCUGUAUUAGUAAAAUGUUCCUUAUAGUCAUUUAGACUUGGUGUCAUCUUUAUAGCCUAUGCGUGUAGUUCUGCCUCCUGGAACAACUGGAACAAAAGACACGCAGGCCUCUCCUGCAGGAGCCAUAAACACAGUUCUUGCUCUAACACUGGACAGAGCUGCUUCGUGAUCUCUGUCUUCCUGUAAGUCUUCUUCCAUCUAACCUUCUUUUUUUUUCCUAUUCCCUGCAUUUCUACCUUAAACUUGGUUGCUUGUGAAAAAUCUAAGGAUAAAUCCAAGUAGCUACUCUAGCUACUACUCUUUUCCGCCUCUGUUUUAAAAUAGCAAGAAAAAUGGACAGCGAAAAGGCUUGGCGAGAUGAGGUGGCUUAACCCAUGGAGUAUGGCGGUGGCUGCAAGUAAUGCAUGGCAUCUUGAACUCUUCCUAUAGAGACUUUCUCCCCAGGUGCUGAUAUAUCAACGACUCUCGAAGUGCAACCUAUUAGCAUGUUUCACUAUAGCAGUCUAAUGAGUUGCAGUAAUCCAGCCUGGAGGUCAGAGAUGAAAGGCUUGCUGCAGAAGCUGCUUAUUGAACUUCAUUCCCCCAUCUUUAGAAGGUCAGAAAACUCAUCCACCAGGAGAACGACCUUUGCCAGGUCACAGAGACAGGGCAGUUUGGCCUGUGCAAAUCUGAAUUCUGAAACCCGUCUUGGAAGCAGAUAGCAGUGAUUUCAUGUUUUCAGUAAGACAAGGCUACUCUGUAUCUUUGUUAGUUUAAAAGGCUAACAUAGUAAAUCCUGCAUCUUUUAAAAUGAAAUUGAAUGUAGAGUAGAAUAUUUUCAGAUUAGUAUGCUGGUAGGUUUGGACUGCAGUACCUCGUUGGACUCAAUGAGAUUGUAUUUUUACACAUCUGCUCCAGUCCAUCAGGAUGAACUAGUGAAAUGGCAAUAGAAAAUACGCAACAAAGGAACUGUUAAUACUGAGACAAUUUAGUUAGCCUUUUUGGCUUCUAGAAAAAAAUACCUGAAUAGAGAAUACAAAAAAACCAAACCCAACCUAAAAAACCCUUGGCAAAAACUGCAGCUUGCUUAGGCUUCCUGAGACUUUAGAGAUUCUGCUGCAAAGGUGCCUGAUAAAGCUGUGUGUGAUUUGUAGAAAGGAGAGUGAAAAAAGGGAAUCUGUAUCUGUAUUUCUCAUCCCCGACAACCCAAAACUAGUCACCUAGGAAACUUAAGAUCUUGCAGCAUUCUUUCCUUUAGUAUAAACAAUGUUUUAAAACCCUACUAUUGUAAUUAAUUUUGAAAGUAACACAUGCAGAUUUGCACACUGUGGAACACAAAGGUGAAGUGUUUGAGGUCCCUCCAUGUGAGAGGUUUCAGCUGUUUGCUCUUUCAAAGCAAUUUAGAUUGUGGCCAAAGCUUUGUGGAAGAGAGCAAAUCACCUUCUCUGCACCUCCUCUUCUCAUUUCAUAGGUGCCACGGGUUGGGGUUUUGUUCCUUCUACUUCCUUUGAUUUACACUGUCACAUAGACAAAUCAGAGCCUACCCUUUAUUUAUUGCAGCUUGCAAGACUGUGCUACAGACUUAAUUUAGGAUAUGGACUCAAAUCCUUCCCUGAAGCAGAGUAUAGUACUUUGUCAUUUGCAAACACUUGGAAGCACAGUGCUUCAGAGUUCCUGUAAACAAGAAUAAAUUCAAAGAAAAUUUUGAAUUACAUGUGUAGUUUGAAUGAAUACAUUGGAAUCAGAGUAGCACACAGCAAGAUGAAUCUAUCCAUCAUGGGCAUUUAGUGUAAAGCCUGUAUUUGCUUUUCUUUACUAUCCACAUAGAUUCGAUCAACAUAGCAGUUCUGUCAUUUGCUAAAUACAUGGGCUCUGCUCUCCGGGACACCAGCUCAUCAGUUACCAAGUGAGCAGCCUGUCAUAGGGCCUGUGUGGAUCAUUUGUAACUGUCACCUACCCAGAGAUCAGAAUCUUCCCAGAGUCCAGUCCUUUGAUGGCCUGGAAAUAAGCAAGCUGUACCUAAUAACAGGCCUUGCUGGCUGGAAGAGAUGGUGCUGGACCUGAAGCCUAGAGAUGAAAUUGGCAAGUUUGGGUCUCUUGAAGUUAGAUGAUAAGUAUCAGCCUGCAGCAUGGGAAUUUUACAUUUUUGUAUUCCUCUUCCAUUGAUGUCUGAGGACACAAACAAUCACUUCAAAUCACUAUCUUUGUAAUUCUCUCUCUUGGAUCACGGUCUGCUGUGUUUCUUUAGAGGAGCUGCCAGAAAGGCAUGGAAAUCACAUCACAAACAUGGGCCAACAUCUAGGCAAAAUCUAGGCACAACAAACAAGUGCUAAGCAAGCUGUGUUACCUGAGCCGACCCCAGCCCCAACUCUGGAAUGUUGUAUCAAGCUCUUUCAGAUGCCAAACAACAUGCGAGUUACAGGAUGCAUUUUUGUUGUUGUUGUUCAGGUUUUUUUACUUUGGUUUGUUUUUUUUCUUCCAUAUUCUUUCUCUCUGGAAAGCUAGGAGUUUACAUCUUUUCCUGAGUCUGUUGAUGCUUCCCCUUGCUUUGUUUUCUGGUCCUUUGUAAGUUCCUUAAAUAUGGUCAGAAUGAUAAUUUUUCUUCUUCACCCACGGUUUAGUGCUUGCAGGUCCUGCUGUGUUUCCUUGUCCUUUUCUUCUUAGUUCUCUGCACAGAGUCAAGGAGGUUUCAUAAUGAUGAUGCUGCACAGCAAACAGUUUUAAUGUUAUUUUACUCUCCUCUAGCCUAAAACCUGCUUUGACAUGUAUCGUGUCUUUGAUCUCUAAUCAAGUCUACUUGAGAUCUGUUUUAUUUUCUGUCUUCUUAAGAUUAUUCCUUUUAUUAAAUGUGUAGCUGAUACACUUAACUUCAACAAAGCAGGAAUUUUAUAGUGGCGGCACGUAGUUCUAAGCCAAAAUUUCCCAGGGAUUUUGUAGUAAAGAUUAAGUGCUCUUUGAGGAUGUGUUGAAAUACCUCUGGUUAUUUGGAUUAUAGAUUCCCGAAAUAUUGUUGAUAUUAUAGGCCUUGGGAGCUAUAAUACUUCUUUGGGAGCAUCUGUAGUCUGUCACUCCAGUAAUGCAUGUCAAUAAAAGAGCUAGGGUGACCUAGAUCAUUUCAGUUAUGUAUCUCUCUAUCCCUUCCUUCUGUUACUAGUGAGUAGAGGGGAAAUUUUAGCA